AAGGUCCUUCAACCCUCUGGUGUCAGGCACUCACUGUGUAGAGUCGGCAGGUGCGGGGUCCAAUGUCGUGGGUGCAGGCGGCUGUGGAGCUUCACACACAGGGGGAGGAGGAGGAGGUGUUUGAUGAAGAAGCUGACGAGCUGACACUGGUGCAGAAUGACUGGAAGAAAUCCAUGGAGAAGAGGCUGAAGGAGGGCUAUCUUGAUGGGGUUGAUGCUGGAAAAGAAAAUUCUCUGCAGACAGGAUUCAAUUUAGGAUAUAAACUGGGGGUGACCCUCCUGAUGCCCUGCGGAGAGCUGAGAGGAACAUUAAGUGCUCUUGUCACAUGGUGUCAAGUCCAUGGGUCUGACCCUUCAACACGUACAAAGCUUGCUGAACUUUUGACUGCAGUCACCCAGUGUGAAGACAACACAGUGAAGAGCCUGUCAUCCAUUCAUCAGAUUUCUCACCCGUCUGACUUAUCAAGCACAUUGGAGGAUAUGGAUUUUUCAUGCUGUACAAAGGAGCCCAGUGAUGGGUCAUGUAAUACUGGGCAGGAUUGUUGCCUCAAUAAGGAAUCCCAACCUACCUCAUUGCCUGGCUGUAGGACUACACAACAAUUAAGUCAUGUAAUUAAACAGGAACUGGGUGGAAUUCUCAGAGACACCAUUGCUGUAGCUCAACAAAAUCACUUAUCUGCAGAUCUUGUUUCUUAUUUGCAGACACUGACAACAAAGUAUGCAUUGUUUUAAUGCUCUUGUGAGUGAUAUGUCUAUUUGAAGUGCCUGGACUGGAUUCCUCAAGUAUCAACAGCUAUUAAAGUAAUUCUUCUUGAAAAAAAUUUUUUUUGCUAAAAGAUAAGUUUGAUUUAAAGGGGUAUUCCCAUCUGGAACGUUUCUGACAUAUAUCCACAAGGUGUACCAUAUGUCCAAUGGAUACAGUUCCUCUCUGGGACCAGCUUCUAACUUGAAAUUAAGGGCUCUCGGGCCUGCUUGAAGUAGUUAGGAAGCUAAAAACAGCUUAUUCACCUGUUUUGUGCAGUUUGUGUAAUACCCGUUGACUUUAAUGGGAUAGCAUAAACCGUGUGGUACCGUGAGCUCAUUCCGUAACUCCCAGAGGUACAUAGCCCACAGUGCUACACUGUUUACUUACCUUUGGGAGUUAUGAAAGUGUCUCAAGGUGCUGCACUGUUUAAGCAACUCCGGUGAAAACCUUUUUUCUUUUAAAUCAACUGAUGGCAGAGAGUUAAACAUAUUUGUAAAUUACUUCUAUUAAAAAAUCUUAAUCCUUCCUGUACUUAUUAGCUGCUAAAUACUACAGAGGAAAUUAUUUUCUUUUUGGAAUUCUCUCUGAUGACAUCACGAGCACAGUUCUCUCUGCUGACGUUAUUAUAAGAAUAAUAACGCUUUAUUUAUUGUUGUUCUUAGUGGGAUUUGAACCCAAGUCCCCAGCACUGCAAGGUAGUAGUGCUAACCACUGAGCCACCAUGCUGUCCUUAGCAUACAUCUGCUAUGCAUGGUUGCUAAAAUGGACAGAGAUGUCAGCAGAGAGCACUGUGCUCGUGAUGUCAUCAGUGUUCCAAAAAGAAUGGAAUUUCCUCUGUAGCAUUCAGCAGCUAA